AUUUAAAGUAACACAAUCUAUAUCAUAAAAUAAUUUAUUAUUUUGUGUAAAAGAAAAAAGAAAAAGUAUGAAUUUAAAGUUUCUUUUACUUUUUUUGAAUAUAAUACCUGCUUUUACCGAUGUUGGUUUCAUAUAUAGUACAAAAAAUGCAACAUUUAAAGAUUGGGAACUUCAAAAAAGUGGAAAUUUUUCAUCACAGGUUUUUAAAAAUGAUGCUAACUGGAUAUCAUUGGAUUUUCAAAAUACAAGUAUUCAAUUCUACUACCUGCUGAGUCCACUAAUUGAUCUUCAGUCUAAAUGGAUGACUACCUCUACAUUUCAAAUUCAAACGGAAAAUGACAAGACUUUUUUGUGCCCUAAUUGUUUUGGAUUUGCUCAACAAAAAUAUUUGCAGAUACCGUUGAAUAGAGAAGCAAUGAAUUAUACAAUAUAUAACAGCAGCUCUAAAGAUAAUCUUAUCUUUACUAGUUCCUUUAAUGAGCAAAACUUGUCAUAUGCCUACUUUGGACUCUUGUUAAACAUAUCAGCAAUUUUGAAUAUGAAUUUAACUACAUUAAAUGUGACAUUGUUCAAUAUUUCUUAUAUAUACUGUUCUGCAACUGUUUAUGGUUUAGCUUACUAUGACAUAUCUCAAGUUACAAAUUCAAAUUUGGAUUAUUUUAUUACUAAUGGAAGUUGUUUAUCAAAUUCAGAGCCUUCUCCAACAAAUUCAACUUUGCAAAGAUAUUGUGAUUCGGGUGGGAAAUCAAUAUUUUUUGGUGAGUGCUUUUGCUCAGCAGGAUAUCAGUUGAAAAAUGGAAAUUGCAUGGAAGAGAAUAUAUCUUCAGUUCCUAUUGCUACAAUUGUUGGAAGUUUGUCUGGAAUUUUAUUUUUUGUUCUUGCGGUUGGUUAUUGUUUGCAUCAAGAAAAAAGAAGAAAAAUUGAGAUUGUAGUUGAGCAAAAGAUAGUUGAUGAACAGGCUUUGAAAGAAAAACACAUAAAGGAGAUGUUAGAGAAUACAAAAAAUGCAUAUUUGCCUAUUGAUGCAGCAAUAAUACAGUCAUGGACUACUUUUGGAGAAGAGGAGCCUCUAUAUCUAGAAAUACCAAAUAGUUACAAUUAUCAUUAUUCAGAUUUAAUUAUUAAAGAGAAAAUCGGUGAAGGUCAUUUUGCUAUAAUACAUAAAGCAAUAGCUGUUAAUAUUUGUGGACACAAAGGGAACUCAACCGUUGCUGUUAAAGAAUUAAAAAAUAAUUGUAGUACUGCAGAAAAAGAAGAUUUUGAAAAUGAAUUAGAAAUUAUGCAAGAGUUAAGCUCUCAUCCAUAUAUUGUCAAAUUGUUGGGAAUAUGUACAGCUCCGCAUUGCAUCAUUCUUGAAUAUGUUCCUGGUGGAGAUUUGCAAAGUUGUUUGCUGAAAUCAAGGAAGUACCGAAACGCAACAGAAAUGAUUGAAGGUUCUUAUCUUACCUCAUACUACUUGCUUUUGUUUGCAUAUCAGAUUGCUUCAGGAAUGAUAUACCUAUCUGAAAAAAAGAUUGUUCAUCGUGACCUUGCAUGUAGGAAUAUUUUGGUUGGUUAUGGUAGAGUUUGUAAAGUUGCUGAUCUUGGAUUAGCGAGACGAUUGGAUAAAAAUGGGAUUUGUAGAAGAGAAAAACAGGUUCUUCUUCCAUUAAAAUGGUUAUCACCUGAAUCGAUCAAACAUGGAUUGUUCUCAAUUAAAAGUGAUGUAUGGUCAUUUGGUAUUUUACUUUGGGAAGUGAUCACUAUAGGUGGUAUACCAUAUCCUGAGUUCCGUUCCGAAGAUAUACCUAAACUACUUUUAGAAAAUAAAUAUCGAAUGCCUAAGCCAGAACAUUGUAGACAAGAAGUUUAUGAUAUUAUGCUAUCGUGUUGGCAGGAAGAUGAAAACUGUCGACCAACAUUCUUCCAACUUGCAGAAUCACUUAAUACAAUGAAAGAUGAUAAAAUUUACGUGAACUUAGAUCAAUAUGACGAGAAUGCUUACGCUUCGUUUGGUGAAGAUGAUAAUACAACAAUGAUGGCCGAUUUCAUGUUUAAUGACCAAAACUGCGUUGUCGAAAAUUCAACAAAAUUUUCUGAAAUUUAAUUUUAAACUUAAAAUCGGAAACUCUUUAGUUUUUCAGUUAAAAGAUUUUCUUCGAAUAUGAAACUUGGAAUUGAUAGAUUUUUACUUUUUACAAGUUUAUUUUUCAAGUUGUUAUGUAUUCAUAGAUGUAUUGAACUUGUUACGUCAGGAUUAUUUAUAUUAUUAAGAUAAAAUGUUUGUUUUUUUGUAUA